AAUUGUCGCCUCAAGAUGAGCUCCUUGCGGAGUGUGCUGCGACCUGCACAGCGUGUGCUGCGACCUGCACAGCGUGUGCUGCAGUCGACGACUGCUCCAUCAACGCAGCUGACCGUGUGUAAUUUGAGUUCUUCGUCUUCUUCGCGCUUCGACCGGACCGCAAAGCUGACGGAUGAGAGCGUCAUGGAGCAUCUCGUGUGUCCCAUCUCCAAGUACCCGUUGCGGUACGACGCCAAGCGCGGUAGCCUCGUGUGCGACGAGAUCAACGUGGAGUACCCAAUCUGGCAAGGAAUCCCUAUGCUCGUGCCCUCUGAAGGACGCAUUAUCAACAGCGACCACCACUAGGAGGUUAGAAGUCUCCAACUGAUGGCAAGAGCGAGGGACACAACGUAGAUGCAGACAGACAGGAGACGAGAAUAAUAAGUUGUUAUCAUGAAACGCGUGACUGCCGGGGUUUUGUCUGUGCAGGGCAUUGGAGACUUGAACUUGGUUCUUGUUGCCGGGGAUUGCUGGAAUAUAUCUACUGAAUUACCAGCUCCGACGAG